AUGUCUGAGACUAAGGUGAAAUUUUGUGCGGAUCCUGUCAAGUUGUUACGGGAGACUGCAGUGGCGGCUGAGGCGAAGAGUGCAUUGCCGGAUGAGGCGUGUGUAUUGACGACGGCUCCUGAAGGUUAUGAGUUAGACUUAGGUUGCUUGGACGAGUUGCAGGCGAUUUUGGAGAAGUUGGGGACUCCAUACCUUUCGGGAACUGAUAGGUCUUGUGGCACUGAUUUUCUGUGGCGUGACAUACUGCAAAAUUGGGUGGCAACUGCGGAAGGUCGUGACAAGGCGAAGUACCGUUUUAUUUUACGGUGGAUUAGCCGCAUGGGCCGGACUCCAGUGCUGGGGGAAGGUGAGGUGGUUGUGGCCAAGAAGCCAAGAGAUUCCUCGCCAAAAGAUUCCUCGCCCAAGAGAAGCGUUUCGGACCCGACGCGAUGGAAGAUGGUGGUGGGCAAGGUGCUGAAAGUUUGGGAGCAUGACAACUCGGAUAAGUUAUGGUGCGAAGAGAUUGACCUAGGCGAGGAGUCAGGACCGCGUCGCAUUGGCUCGGGGCUGCGUCAAUUCGUAAAAAAAGAAGACUUCGAGGGCGCCCUUGUUAUCGUCCUCGCCAACAUGAAAGAGAAGAAACUAGGAGGCUUCCCCUCCCAUGGCAUGGUCGUAUGCGCCUCCAACGAUUCACACGAUGCUGUCGAGCUCCUCAUACCUCCCACAGGCUCACAAGUCGGCGAUCUCGUCACCUUCCAAGGCCUCACCGGCCAACCUGAUGAUAUCCUAACAUCCAAGAAGAACGCUGACACCAUCGCCUCCGUUAUGGACAUACUAAAAACCGAUGAUAACUGCAUCGCCACCGCCGGCGACGGACAUCAAUUUCUCGUUAGAGGACUACCAGUGACCAGCAAGACACUCAAAAACGCCCAUGUUGGAUAG